AUGCGAAAGGAAAUGCCUACUGGUCCCUGGGAGGACAUUGCGAUCGACUUCCUUGGUCCGUUGCCCGAGGGACAGCACCUUUUCGUAGUCGUGGACAGUUACAGCCGAUACCUGGAGGUAUGCGAGACGACCAACACGGAGUGUAAGGAAACCAUUCAACACUUGCUCGAAAUCUUUGGUCGUUACGGUGUUCCAUCUCUUAUUAAAGCUGACAAUGGACCUCAAUUUUCCAGUGAGGAAUUCAAAAGGUUUUGCCAGGAGUACGGUAUUCAGCUGGUGAACACUAUACCUUACUGGCCACAAAUGAAUGGUCAAGUGGAACGGCAGAAUCGGUCCAUUCUCAAGCGGUUGCGAAUUGCCCAAGAGCUUGGGAAGGACUGGCGUAAGGAGCUGCGUGAGUUUUUGUUGGUGUACCAUUCGACCAAUCACUCUACCACAGGAGAAGCUCCAUCAAAGCUCAUGUUCGGACGGCGUAUCAAGGGUAGACUUCCUAGAGUUCCAGCUUCCAUUAACGAUGAGUCGGUGAGGGAUUUCGACAAUCUUCAAAAAGCGAAAGGAAAGUUGUACUCGGACAAGAAGCGACAUGCGGAGCACAGCGACAUCCAAGAAGGUGAUCGGGUUUUGGUGAAGCGCAUGAAAAAGGAUCACAAACUGCAGACGGAGUUCCAGGUAAUCCAUAAAAAAGGAUCUGACACUACCGUCCGUUCGUCGUUGUCUGGGAAAGAAUUCCGACGAAAUGUCACUCACUUGAAAAAAGUUCCUGACAGCAAUGACAAGACUAGCGAUGACAAGGAUGACGAAAGGGUGCAGAACAAUGAACAUCAACUGAUGGAGGAAAACGCCCAGCAUUCUACUACCAACGCUGGUUCGCUUCCACAGACAGAGGAUUCCAGAGGAAAACGUAAACGUCGUGAACCCGUAAGGUAUGACGACUACGUGCCGUACUACGUCGAAGAAGCAAUAGGUGGGGUUGUAGCAUCUGGCAGCACGGAUAUGGACAAGACAUUGUGA